ACGUCACGGGCGACAGUGUGUUUCUAGCUCCCCAACGCGCGUCAUUACGCGGCAUUUUGAAAAAGCGAACAUUCAAAAAAUAUUCUUUAAAAAUUAACAAUUCAGUGUUUUUUUCUGUGAGUGCGUGUGUGGAUAAACAAGAAACUUUUACAGUUUGAAGUGGAUGAUUAUUAUCGUGGAUUAGUACAGUGUUGUAUUAUUUCAGAUGUUGGAUUUUUAAUGUAAAAGAUUACAGGAUUACCUAAGUAAUGAACGUUUUGUUUCGUGAUUACGUAGCUAAAGAUACGACACAUCAACGAGUGCUUUUAAGAACCGAAGAACAAUAAAUCAUUUUAUUAAAAAGGUGGCUAAAAGUAAAACAUGGGAUUCCCUUCGAAAUGGUUUAGUUAGUGUAAAAAUAGACCAUUCACAUAGGGGAAAGCGAAGCUUCCGUUAAAAUGUGAAUGUCUAAAAUUAAAACCCGGAUUUCCUUGUUAUGUUAGCAUACGGAUAAUUUUGUGUAGUGCGGUUAUCAUGCUGUUGAAAUACAGUUUUAGAAUAAGACUUACGAGUAGGGGUGUGUCACAAUUAUUUCUGUUGCUACGGACUCAAAAUUUGGUGGUUCUUGCAAUCUGUACAGUGUUAUUUGGUGUGUGUGGUGGAUAUCAGGAGCAGAAGUUUGCUAUGGAGCCUCAGGAUCAGACAGCAGUAGUGGGAUCUCGAGUGACAUUGCCAUGCAGGGUGGAGAACAAAGCAGGUCAGCUGCAAUGGACGAAAGAUGAUUUUGGACUCGGGCUACAUCGAGAACUGAGUGGCUACGACCGGUACAAGAUGAUUGGAAGCGACGAAGAAGGAGACUAUUCCUUGGACAUCAGAGACGUAACAUUGGAUGACGACGCUAAAUAUCAGUGCCAAGUCAGCUCUGGAAUCAAAGGUGAACCGGCGAUUCGAUCGCGAUACGCACGACUCACCGUGUUGGUUCCCCCGGAGCCACCGCGCAUCGUCGAAGGCAAUUUCUUUUCAACGAUAGAGGAUAGAAAUAUCAAAUUGGAGUGUGUGUCUAUCGGUGGAAAACCGCCAGCUGAGAUUACGUGGGUUGAUAGCAAUGCUGGUGUUUUGACUCAAGGCGUCACUUAUAGUGUGGAGCCCAUGCCUGAUGGGCAACGGUUUACAGCCAGGUCAAUUAUAAAGAUGACUCCAAAACAGGAGCAUCACAACCAAACGUUCACGUGUCAAGCACAGAACACCGCUGACAGAGCGUACCGGGCUGCCAGCAUACAAAUAGAGGUCAAAUACGCACCAAAAGUAAAGAUGUACAUCAAGUCUGGUGCCAAUGGAAAGAUUCCAGAAGGAGAAGAUGUGGUUAUAGCGUGCAAAGCCGAUGCAAACCCAUCGAAUCUGACUUACAAGUGGUUUCUGAAUGAAAAACUUAUUGAGGGCAAUACCACUGAGUUGAAAAUCUACAAUAUUACAAGAAAAUAUCACGAUGCUACUAUAAAAUGCGUCGUGUACAAUGACGUCGGUAACAGUGAAGAAAUAGAGACUCUUGAAAUAGCCUAUGCCCCAACCUUCAAGAGUCUACCAAAGGACGUGGAAGCAGAAGUAGGUACCACGGUGACCCUCAGUUGUGAUGUCGACGGAUACCCACCUCCGGAGAUCAGGUGGCUACAUCAUGAAGAGGACCAGAUGAUUAGAGUGGGCAGAACAGCAAACCUGACUCUGACACUAGAUACCCAUACGUCGGGUCGAUACCUGUGCAAGGCAAGCGUGGAUGGCUACCCUGAAAUCGAGGCUGAAGCUUCGGUUUUUAUUAAAGGUCCUCCGAAGAUAAUAUCAAAUCAGACUCAGUUUGGUUCACAAGGCGACACGGUGAACAUUGAAUGUGCAGCGUUCGCGGUGCCCAGGAUAGACAACAUAAUCUGGACGUUUGAUGGAAAAGAAAUCGAUUCUAUACAUGAUCAGGACUACGCAUUUUUAGAAGAAUUACAAUCAGGUGGUGUAGUGAACUCGACGCUGAUCAUAAGAGAUAGUCAGUCCAAACAUUUUGGUGUCUACAAAUGUAAUGUCUCUAAUGACUACGGGAGUGACACCAUGGAAAUUAUAUUGAGACCUAACAAAACAUUCCCACUCCUCUUAAUCCUAUUUGGAGUGACAUCAGGCACAAUAAUGGUAGCAGCAGUGAUAAUGCUAGUAAUACUAUGUCAAAGAAAGCAGAGAAAGAACAAACAGACACAGGUGACUGAAAAACCUGACGUCACAGUAACAGCUGAAGAACUGUACAAGGAAAACGACAGGAAUUCUAAUAUAAGUGAUUUGAAACUAGAACUGAGACAGGCUAAUGGCAGCUGUGAAAUAGAUUACUCUAACACAGGAUCAGACAGCACAUUGUGUUCGAACGCUAAACUUGGUAGCGGUAUUCCGCUCGCAGGAACAGUGCCUCUAUCGUCCAUAAACCAACAGAACACAUACCAACCAUAUAGAUACAGCAACGACUACACGGAUCCCGCGUACGCUGAUUGUUAUAAGGUGAACGGCUUCAACAAUGGUUACCAAACAUACGUGCAUUAUGGUCACGACUAUACUCCUGGAUCAUUGAGGGUUCAGUCACCUACAAUGAGCAGUGAGAAGUUGACUCCUAACAGGUCAGUCAACGGUAGCCUACCACGCAGUGUGGAUACUCCAUCAACAGUCCAGUUCAACACUGGCAAUGGGUCUCAGAACAACUCAUUGCAGAGAAAACAAAAGAGGCAGGAUAGCAGCAAUGCCUUGAAUAACCUUGGACUGCCUACUCCUGAUGCGAAUCGAGUACCAAACGGUGGUAUCAUCCAUGGUGUCGAUGUUCGGUACGCGGCCACCUAUGGCAACCCCCAUUUACGGACAGGGGGUGGUCUAGGGUUCGCUACCACGGUGAACACCGCUAAACCAGCGUCUACUCCUGCGCCACCACCGUACUCCUCAGUUAGGAGUUCUGUGGUUUUACCUUCAGGUAACUCGUCACAUUCGAUAACGUCACCAACUAGUCUGGCGUCACCACAAUGUGCAACCAGCCCCAUUACCACUUCAACCAUGUCCACCGAUAGCACGCAACCAGCGGUUGGGGUAGCCACCUCUUCGGCGACACCACAGUCACCCAGUGCGCAUUACAUAUUAGCACCAUCAAAUAGGACGAUAAGUAAUGCGACUGUUACCAAAAAAGGUAACGGGCAUCAACCCCCAUUAGCAACCCACGUAUAAGUUAAGUUUAACAAUUUUUCUAUAAAAAAAGACUUUUGAUGAAUUUACUACGCAAUGACUUUGUGUGUACUAUAAACUUAGUUAUUUUAAUUUAAAAAUCAUUAAUUUAGGAAUAUUUUCUCAUGUUACUUCUGCGGUCAAAUUAACGAAAUGUAAUCAAUUAAACUUUUGUAACAUAUUACAAAAUUUUAAUUCAAAUAUUUUUUGUGGUGUUAAUUUAAAAUUGUAUACUAAAAAUUAUUACAAAAAAUAUUUGAAUUGAAAUUGUGAGCCUUUACUGUCCUUGACGUCGUUUAGCUAGCAUAUUAGUGUUCAAAUCUAGGUUUUAGAUCGUAAAUCUAGAUUAUCACAAAGAAAUCCUUGUCAUAACCGAAUUAGGCAAAGAUUGAUCGGUUUGGACAUUUCAAGAUGUUAAUUAUACCUAUUACGUGUAUUUUACCUUGGUAGGUAUUUUAUUAAACUGGAAAAAAUAUAUUAUGGUGAGGUGACAUCAUUUUGAUUUAAAACAAAUAAAAACUUUAUUGUGUACCUACUAUUUUUCUCCAAAAUAAAAAAAAACCUCUUUUCUAGCCCUUUAAUAUCAGCUGUCUGUUAACAAAAAUUAUACUGUAUUAAAUAAAAAUGAUCGUCCUUCAUCGUUCAAACAUUUUAGUCAAUUGUUUGUAAGUUGUUGAAAAGAAAAAAAAAAACAUGUAAAUUUUCGUCAAUUUCGUAUAACCCGACUGAGACUGGUCUUGUUACUAUUGUAUUAAAGUGUGUAUAAUAAUAUUAAAUUAAAUGUAUUUCAAAAUGUAACGGUUGCAUUUUUUGAGAGAAUGUAAAUUAACAUUUAUUAAAAAAAAUAUUUCAUUGAAUUUUGAUUCUCGAAACAUUUAUAUUAAAUAGUUGUAACUACUUCAUUGUGUAUUAACUUCUAUUUAAAAAAAAAAUCAUAAAAUUUUAAAUUUCGAAACA